AAACUUCAUUAUUGAAGACGUUACAAUAAUACUCGCAUGUGCUAAAGAUGCGACAAAUUCAGCAAGUUGUAUACAUUUUAUUAUAUCUACAAUUUCUCGUCCACAAUGUGUUCACAUUUAACAUCGACAUUUCAUCGAAAGAAACAAGCGAUACCAGCGAUACAAAUGAUAUAAUGUGGAUUAAUGAAUGGGAAUGCAGCUCUAAUAAUGAUUGUACGGCGAAAAACAGUGUGUGCAAUAACAGUUUGUGUCAGUGCGCGUCCGGAUUUAUUUUUAACGCUGAUAUGACAGCCUGCGUUAAAGUUGCAACUAGAUUUUAUGAUUUAUGUGAGGAUACAAUACAGUGUUCGGCUUAUCUCCUCAGUGGCGCUAAAUGUGUGGAAAAUGUCUGUGUAUGUGGUCCUGGUUACUACUAUCUACAUGGUAGAUGUAAUCGGCACGUCGGCUUAUUCGAGAAGUGUAAGCAAAAUAUUGACUGCUAUGUGAACGCCGACUUUGAAGCAAGCACUUGCGAUGCAGGAAUUUGCAAAUGUAGUCCUGGCUUUUACCAGCGUGAAUAUCGCACUUGUCGGAAAGAGGGGAAAGCCGUCGGCGACGAGUGCACAGUUGAUAUCGAUUGUACUUUCGGUAAUGCGACAUGUAGUAAGUUCGUAUGCGCUGUAAAAUCCGAAGCUGAUGAAACUGUCGAACUUUGGUCUGACGUCAUAUCGACCAAAGAAAUUUCGGAUAAAGAGGUGGGCAGUAAUUGUAAGACCGACGAGGACUGUAAAGAAAUGGGAAAUGCCAUAUGCGGUCCUACCGGGACAUGCCGUUGUGACCGUGCACAUUUCGCAUCGAAUACAAGCACCAAAUGUAUCCCAGAACUUGGAGAACCCUGUCACAAGGACGACGACAGCUACAUCAAGAAUUCUAUUUGUCGUGAAGGGAGAUGGAGUUGUACGACAGGCACGGUUGCAUCUAAAGAUAAUCGCGAAUGCCUUAAUGCGACCAGAGAGUAUAUGGGAAAUUGCCAGCUGAACGAACAGUGUUAUAUCUUUGGUCCGGAUGCUGUAUGUGAUAAUAAUACAUGUAUAUGCAACGAGAAUAUUUCCCAUUAUGUGGAGAGUGAACUCUUUUGCUGGGGAAACACGGGGCUCGGUGAAACUUGCAAACAAGACCGAGACUGUUAUGUGAAAGAUUUCAAAGGCAAUCUAGCAUGCAAUGGUACAUGCGGCUGUCCCGAGGGCACGCACUUAAGCAAGGACAAAAUAACUUGUAUAGGACCAACAGAAAUUGGAGACGUUUGCGAAAUAAACAGUGAUUGUGCAACAAUUCCGCAUUCUACUUGUGAAAAAAAGAAAAAAGUGUGCACGUGUGCCAAGAACUAUUAUGAAUCACACAAGCUUUGUUUGCCAGGUAUCAAUGCUAAAUGCAUAGAUGACGAGAGUUGCGCACCAGAGAAUUCCAUAUGUAUUUCAAACAAAUGUUUUUGUAAACCAAAUUACGCGGAGGUGUCUGUUAAUUUAUGCAUGCCAGUAUCAAGAUUUGGCGAGCCUUGUUUAGCGGACUCUCAAUGUUUUGCCGUUACAGUAAACGCAAUUUGCAACGCGACCGUUGAGAAAAACAAAACUAAUACUGCAGAUGUAAUGGUGUCGUCAACGGUAGCAGAAAGCAAAGUGUGUAUCUGUAACAAAACAAGUAAUAUGACCUACAGAUUCGGAGGAUGUUAUAAGGAGAGAUUUCUUGAGGAAACUUGUACGAAUUUACGCGAAUGUUACGAAACCUCAGAAGAGGAUCAGAACCAUCAGAACAGAAUAGUUUGCAAAAACGGGAAAUGCGCGUGCACUUGGGGCUACAUGAAGUUGAACAGUAGUGUCUGUGUAGAACAUCCGCAACAUUCAAAAUUCUUUUUUAGGGGUGGUGCAACUAACGUCGUAUCUAUGGGACUUCUUUUAAUCAUAUCUUUUAUACUUUCUAGUAAAUUAUUUUAGAUUUGUC